CAUUGGCGCGUGGCGCGUUGACGAGCUGAUUGUUUAAUUGGGGAGAUGGUAAAGGUGGCGAGAGGGGGGCGGGCGCACUCGAGCGCCGAUUCGCCUCGACCCCCCCCCCCCCCGUCACAUCGCUCCAUCUCCGCCUCUUUCUCCUCCUCCCCCACUGCUCUCGUGACCCCCUGGGGUGCGGUCCCCCUCCUGCCCCUUGUGCGCUCUACAAUCCUCUUCCUCCUCCUCCUCCUCUUAUUCUUCUUCUUCUUGUCGGCGGCGGCAUCCUUAACCGAUCUCUGUCGGCUCGUGCGCCUUCUUCCUCGUCUCGCGUCUCAACCUCCUCGCGUCCGCCUCCUCUACCCCCUUCUCCUCCUCCUCUUCCUCAUCGUUGCUUUUGGCUCCAUCUCCUCCUCCGCCUCGCGUCUCCACCAAUCCGCCACCCCGCAUCCUCCUCCCACCCACCUCCUCUCUCUCCUCCUCUCCCCCACCUCCUGUCUCCACCUCGUCCUGAGCCAUGGGUCGCGAGUAUCGCCGCUCGGCUACGCGGGCGCACAGCUCCCGGCGCGCCCGCGUGGCGGUGGAGGCAGAUGGUGGUGGUGGUGGUGUUGGUGGUGGUGUUGGUGGUGUUGUUGUUGGUGGUGGACACGCGGUCUCGCUGCCGGGCCUGCUGAUGAUGGUGGCCGUGGGGGUCUCCCGCCUGCUGGGCUGGGCGUGCGCGGUGGUGCAGCGCGGGGCGAGGCGGCUGGGUGGCCUCCUCCUCGUCGUCUUCUUCCUUCGCGGAGCAGAGGACGACGAAGCGAAGAAGAGAAAGACAAGGGUCCGUCUAAGGCAUCGCUGUGUCCCGUCUGCCGCGGGACCCCGAGACCACGUGGAGCUCUCGCACGGGCAGCAGCAGCGGCAGCAGCGGCGGCAGCAGCAGCGGCAGCAGGAGACCGCUGAUGCCUCUAGCGAGCUGGGCACUGCUGAGGAGGAGGAGGGAGUCCCACAGGGUCCAGAGGAUGUCGUGGCCAUGCCACGAGGAUCGGAAGAGGAGGUGCUGGUGGUGGUGGAGGAUGAUGAUGAUGCUGCUGACGACGAGGUGCUACAGAAGCUGGAGGAGGAGAUGGUGGAGCGAAUGCUGUCGGACGAGGCCCUAUCACGGGACCCCUUCAUGCUCAAGCACGUGCGCCGCAACGGCCCGGGCUACGUGAGCGUCAAACUUCUGACCUCUCUACGCGGGGUGAGUCCCGAGGCAGAGCUGGGUCAAUGUCUCUGACACCCCCCCUCCGA